AUACCAGAGAAAAUGGGUUCCCUACCUCAUGUCAUCGAGGACUUCAUGGGAGUUCUCCAAGUCCUAAGCGACGGCACCGUUUUAAGAUCCAAAACCAUCAACUUCAACAUCCCAAUCAUCAAUGACGACUCUGUCCUCUUCAAAGAUAUUCUUUUCGACAAAACCUAUAAUCUCCAUCUCCGAAUCUACAAACCCACUUCCCCACCUUCGUCCCGCAAGCUUCCCAUCAUCUUUUUCUUCCAUGGCGGCGGCUUUUGUCUCGGCUCUCGCGCGUGGCCCAAUUGCCACAACUGCUGUCUCCGGCUAGCCUCAGGACUAAACGCCGUCGUUUUCUCGCCCGACUACAGGUUGGCGCCGGAGCACCGGCUUCCGGCAGCCAUCGACGACGCGGAGACGGCGUUGAAGUGGGUUCAAACUCAAGCUUUAUUAAGCGAGGAUGAAAGCGAGGGCGAUGCAUGGGUCAACGCUCGUGGGGUUGACUUUGACCAGGUGUUUGUAUUAGGAGAUUCUUCCGGGGGCAAUAUUGCGCACCAUCUGGCGGUCCGGCUCGGUGCGGAGUCAACCGGAAUUAGGCCGGUUCGUGUACGAGGUUAUAUAUUGAUGGCGCCAUUUUUCGGUGGGGUGGUCAGGACCAAGUCCGAGGAAGGUCCUAGUGAGGCUCUGUUGAACUUGGAGAUACUUGAUAGGUUUUGGAGGCUGUCAAUGCCGGUUGGGGAAACAAGAGAUCAUCCAUUGGCGAACCCAUUUGGUGAAUUGAGUCCGAGGCUUGAAGAAAUUAGGCUUGACCCAGUCUUUGUAAUUGUGGGGGGAGCUGAAUUAUUGAAAGACAGAGCAAAGGAUUAUGCAGAAAGAUUAAGAGAAAUGGGGAAGAAAAUUGAUUACUUAGAAUUUGAGGGAAGGGAACAUGGAUUCUUCACAGAUGAUCCUUACUCACAAAUUGCCAACCAAACUCUUCAUCACAUCAAAACAUUCAUCUUAGCCAACUCCACUUGAUACA